CAUGCUGGCUGUUUACUACUGGUCCAUUCCCAUCAUCAUCUUUAGCAUCCCUAUUGUGCUUAGUGGAGCUGUGACCUUCCUCCUUCCCGAAACCAAGAGUCAAGAACUGCCCGAUUCAACUAGCGAUGCCGAGGGCAACGGAAAAAUGCUCACCAUGAAAACAGAACAUGACUCCAGGCAGAGUCAACUUAACAUAACAAAAUCAACCAAACUUUAGUUGUUUUUUAGCUUGACAUUUAUACGCAUUUCCUUUUGUUCAGAAUUUGAUUUUUUGGAUCCAGCACCUUUUUUUGAAAUAAAUACAUUUAUUUUAUUCUAAUUAUUAUUUUUAAUUCCCCUGGACUCCCAAAAUGCGGAUCCCCUGUUACAUAAAAGCAGUGUAAUGACAAUUAUAAGAUAGGUUCAAUAAAGAAAUUGGUUUCAAAUGUGGUGCGCAGGCUACGGAAGGAACAAAAAAAAAAAUGAAGCAUUGAUGUGUUUUUCUUAUUUGAAGCCACAAAUGUGUACAGUGGUGUCCAUCAACCAUUAACUCAUUGAGUGUUAAAUAUUGAGUUGCCUGAACCUUAACACAGCCACUUUGUCUCAUGCGUCAAAAAAAAUGGGCUUUGGAGAGAUUCUGCUAACCAUUGGAGAAUUUGGAAUUUUUCAGAAGAGUAUUCUUUUCGCACUAACCUCCCCAAAUUCUUUACUGCCUAUAUGUUUUUCUAGUUUUCUUUUCAUCCAGCCAGAUCCGGAUCGGCAUUGUAACACCAACUGGAUUCUCAAGGCAGACGCUAACCUGACGUUGGAAGAGCAGCUGAACUUGACCGUUCCUCUGGAGCACAAUGCUUCUUUUAGCAGGUGUCGCAUGUUUGCUCCAGUGGACUGGGACAUCGAAACCAUCAAGCGGCGUGGACUCAAUAAGACCACAGUGUGCCAGAAUGGUUGGGUGUACUCGGACACCAUGUAUGAAGCCACGAUAAUCACGGAUUUUGAUCUCGUGUGUGACAGGUCCAGCAUGGCUUCUGUUGUGCAGCCAAUCUUCAUGGCUGGUAUACUCUUCGGUUCAAUUAUUUUUGGGCCUAUACUUGAACCAUUUGGUCGUCUGAGAACCACACAGGUACCAGCAGUGGUCCUGUUCAUAUGCAACACUGUGUCUGGUGUAUCUCCAAAUUUCUAUGUUUACAUUGUUGCGCAGUUCCUGGUUGGAUUUGGUCUUGCGGGCUUUAGAAUUAACUCGACUGUAUUAGCUACAGAGUGGUUAGGGAUGACCAAAAGAUCCUAUGCCUCCUGUUUGAGCCAAAUGUUUGCUGCUCUGGGACAAUGUGCCCUGGCCGGACUGGUUUAUAAAAUUCGGAAAUGGAGAAUAAUACAUUAUGGACUGGCAGUAGUCUAUGGCAUUGUUGCCAUCUACAUUUGGUGGGUUCCAGAAUCUGUCAGAUGGCUGCUGAGUCGAGGAAGAAUGGAGGAAGCAAAGAGGUUGGUCAGGAAAGUUGCAUCUAUAAAUAAAAAGGAAAUCUCUGAGAAUAUGCUCAACUGCAUGGGACAAGAGAAAGAAGAAACACAAACUGGAGUGAUCAAGACCAUAUUUACCACGACGAUUUUACUCAAAUAUUUGUUCAUUGUGUGUUUUGCAUGGUUUUCAGUAAAUCUCGGCUACUUCUCCCUUAUCCUCAAUGUGGGCAAGUUUGGUUUGGACAUCUUCCUGGUUCAGUUCAUCUUUGGCAUUUCGGAAAUUCCCGUCCACCUCCUUUGCAUUUUGGUCUUGGAAUUGCUGGGGAGAAAGAUCUCGUUUAUUUUAACACUUUUGACCGGCGGCUUUAUUUGCUUUUUGACCCUGGCUUUCUCGCAAGACAACGCCAUUGUUAUUACGGCUCUUGUGACCACAGGGAAGUUCUUUUUGAAUGGGGCUACAUCAGUAUGUAUGGUCUACUCUCAAGAGCUCUUUCCCACUUCAGUUAGGCAAACAGCUGUCGGCUUUGGAGCCAUCGCUAUGAGAGUGGCCGGACUGCUAGCUCCAUUGCUCAACAUGUUGGCGGUAUACCACGUGUCCAUUCCAAUCAUCAUUUUCAGCAGCCUCACAGUGUCCAGUGCAGCGCUAGCUUUCCUUCUUCCUGAAACCAGAAGAAAAGAACUGCCUGAGUCUACCAGUGAGGUCCAGGACAAUAGAAAAUGUACAAAGAAGACAGGAAGUGACUUAAGUCUGACUCUACAAAAGAGAAAAGCUACCAAACUUUAAUGUAUGCUUUCUUGUGUGUCUACAAGGUAACAAUAUUAUAAGCACAUGACUACAUGAUUUGAUUUGGAUGAUCCUGUACUCUGACUAAAUAAAUUGACUGAGAGACAUAUAUAUUUUCACCUCAUGCAAAUAAUGUAAUCAAAAUAAUAAAGAUGAGUAGUAUGAG